AUGAGUCUUGCUCGACCGGCAAAAUGCCUAUUCUGCAGCUUCUCCCGUGCUGCGACUCCAGUCACGCGAAUCCCUCGUCGCCAAUUCCACCCGACACCGGCGUCAUUGUCGAACCGGACACCCAAAUUCCAGAACAUUAAGGCUCCCGAAUCGCAAAAUGCCGAAGGAUCCCGACCAGCACCGAAGGCAGAGGACUUCAAGCCGUACACCGAGGAGGAGAAGUCCCAGCUGGCGAAGGAGUACUCGCCCGAGCAAAUGGAGGCCAUCAAGGCUGGCGAGGCUGCCAUUGACCCGAAGGACCUGGCCGAGCAAUUCCACCAGCGCGACGAUCCGCUGGCAUUCAAGUACCUAGACGACUUCUCCGUGGUCGAACCCAGCGUCGACCGCAACGUUCGCGCCCCCAAGUCGAACUCGGACUACAACAUGAAACUCAAGAGCGAAAAGGAGUUCGUGGAGGAUUUUGGCCGUUUCUUCGCCGAGGGCCCGGAAAACCCCACGGGUGCUGACUUCGUGCGGUUCGCGGAAUCCCUGCGCCUGACCAAGGGCAAGGAGGCGGCCGAGUUGGAUCCGCACAGCGUCCUGGUUCCCGACCUUUUCGGCCCCGAUGAGACUAUUGAUGAGCCCCGUGUGGAAGAGCGGAAGACCGCCGAGGAGCGCGGUGAGAAGGAGCGAUCGUUGGAGGCCGAGGAGAUGACUGAUGCUCUGAAGAGCCUUCUCCUCGCUACGGGCUACACAGAGCGCCAGGUCAAGGACCUCCGGACCAAGACCCUGGUGUCUCAUAGUGUCGUGAACCAGACCCGUCUGGGUAAGGUCCGCCGUGCCUACCGUCUCUCCAUCGCUGGCAAUGGCAACGGUCUCCUGGGUAUCGGCGAGGGCAAGUCCGAUGAAGCAGCCGAUGCAAAGAUCCAGUCGCAAUACCGUGCCAUCCGCAACAUGCAGCCCAUUCCCCGCUACGAGAACCGCACCAUCUUCGGUGAUGUGGCCGGCAAGGUUGGAGCCACGGAGUUGCAAUUGAUGCACCGUCCCCCAGGCUUCGGUCUCCGUGUCCAAUACCUGAUCUACGAAAUGUGCCGUGCCGCCGGUAUACAUGACCUCGCCGGUCGGGUCGGCCGCUCGCGAAACAAGAUGAAUACAGUCAAGGCUGCGUACGAGGCGCUUAUGAGCCAGAAGGACCCCGAGGAAGUUGCACGGGCUCGCGGCAGGAAGAUGGUGGAUGUGCGCAACGUGUACUAUGCGGGCAAGGUCUAA